AUGGCACCCUCGGAGGAUCUGGUCGACGAGGUCGAGGCCAUUAACUCCAUCUAUGGAGAGGGCACGCUCGUGCUGGACGACGAUGAUGUGGCCGUGUUGGCGCUGCCGUCGUCGGCGGCCGACGUUGCGGAUGCAGACGACGCGGGGGCUGCCAGCCGGCGGCUAAGCCUGCGACUCCGCUUCCCACCGGGAUACCCGGUCAGCACAGAUCCGCCGUCGGUGCUGGGCGUGCAGAGUGUCGGGGAAGACGGCCACCGGCAGCGGCCGGGAGCAGCAGCACGAGACGCUGACCUGUUCCGGGCAGCCAUGGAUGCUACUUUUCAGCAAGGCCAGGUCUGUCUUUUUGACGCGGUCGAAGAGUUCAUGCGGUGGAAGGCCGAGGAGGCCGAGGCCGAGGCCGAAGCCGUGGCCAAGAACGAGAGGUUGGCCGGCUUCGACUACGGAGACGACGACGACGACAAUGACUGCGAGGGCCGUCCACGACAGAGGCCACCGACGCCAGAGCUGCCGCCCGAGAUGCUGGACCCGCCCCCGCCCUGGAUCGUGUCGGAACGCAUGGAGGAGCUCAAGUCCGUCUUCGUGGCGCGUUGUGCCCCCGUGUCGUCGCCCGCUCAGGCUGCCGCCUAUCUACAGCACUUGCUGGCCACCGAUCGGCGCGUCCGCACAGCUGCCCACAAUAUGACCGCCUGGCGCAUUCGUGGGAUCCCAUCGAGCACCAACACCACUGCUGCUGCCAUCACCUUCCAGGACUGCGAUGAUGACGGCGAGACCGCCGCCGGUGGCCGUCUGCUGCACCUGAUGCAGCUCAUGGACAUCUGGAACGUCAUGGUCGUCGUCACGCGCUGGUGGGGCGGCCACAAGUUGGGCCCGCACCGCUUCGCCCUCAUCAACCAGGCUGCUCGCGACGCCUUUGUGCGCGCUGGACUGGUGCCCGAACCGACGUCCAAGAAGAAGGGCCACGGGAAGUGA